AUGGAAGAUAAGAAAAACGAGGCUCCUCAAUUGCCUCCAAAGCCACAGCUAUGAAAGUAUUCUGAACUAUUUCAGUUUCUCCAUGGCUCAGAUAGGUGUCUGCUCAUCGUAGGUACAAUCACAGGAACGAUUGGUGGACUUUCAAUGCCAGUUUUCGUCUUCUUCUUUGGAAAGCUGACCGACUCAUUCGAUCCUGCAAAUGAAGGCCAGGAAACAUUAGGACAAAUUACGAAGUUAUCAAAGAUCUAUUUGCUGCUGGGAGCUGUCUUGUGGGUUUUAUCAUUUAUCUUCUUCUCGUUUUGGAGUAUCAUCAGUGAAAAGGUUGGAUACCAGUUCAGAUACAGAUACCUUAGAGCAGUCCUCCAACAAGAGUCUGCCUGGUAUGACGAGAAGGAUCCCCUGGAGCUCCCCACAAAGAUCAGUGAUGAAUGUGCUAAGAUCCAAGCAGGUUGCGGUGAAAAAUUAGUAAUGAUCUUCAACAGUAUGGCUCAAGCUAUUGGAGGAUUCAUUGUUGCUUUCAUUAUUGGAUGGAAAUAUUCUUUAGCAGCUCUUGGUAUCUUCCCUCUUAUGUUCUGAGGUAUUACCUUUCUUGGAGUUGGCAUCAAGAAAGGAUACAUGAAAUGAGCAUUGUCUUAUGCUAAAAGUUCCUCCUUUGCAGAGCAGGCUCUUAACAGUAUCAAAGUAGUAUCUGCCUUUGGUCAAGAGAAAAGAGAGAUUGAAAACUAUGUCAGACAUUUAGAUGAGGCUAAGAAGCAAGGACAGGUUGGAAAAGCAAUCAUAGGUUUCUCUUUUGGUAUACUAAACUUCUGUCUCUUCGCCUCUUACGCUUAUGGGCUCUUUGUAGGUGGUCAAUUUGUUAAAGCAGGUAUCUACAACCACAACAGAGGGAGGAAUUACACUUCUGGUGAUAUCAUCUCUAUUUUCUUCGGAAUUCUCAUCGGUAUCUUCUCCCUUGGGGCUUCAGCUCCGAACAUGAAGACAGUGACUGAGGGAAGAAUAGCAGCUUAUAAUGCUCUCCAAGUGAUCCAUAGAAGACCAAAUAUCCUUAUUGAUGACCUAAGUGCUAUUAAGGUCCCAAGAAUUCAUUCUGAUAUUGUCUUCCAGAAUGUAUCUUUUAAAUAUACUACCAGAGAAGAAAAAGCUCUUGACAAUAUAACCUGCACUAUCGAAAAGGGCAAAACCACUGCCUUUGUUGGGCCCUCUGGCUCUGGAAAAUCCACCAUUGUCAAGCUCCUCGAACGCUUCUACGACCCUGACUCUGGAAUGGUGACUGUCAAUGGCCAAGACCUCAAGCAGCUUAACUUGAGGCAGUUCAGACACAAAGUUGGAUAUGUGGGCCAAGAACCUGUUCUGUUCAACGAAAGUAUCAAAGACAACAUGCUUAAUGCAAAGCCAGACGCCACCGAUGAAGAGAUCAUUCAUGCUCUCGAGCAAGCCAAUGCCAUGAGCUUCAUCAGCAAGCUGUCUGAAGGCAUCAAGACCAACGCUGGAGCCUCAGGAGGCCAACUCUCAGGCGGUGAGAAGCAGAGGAUUGCACUUGCAAGAGCUUUUCUGAAGCAGCCAGACUUGCUAAUCCUGGAUGAAGCUACCAGUGCACUUGACAGGAAGAAUGAGACUGAAGUGCAGAAGGCUAUUGAAAAUAUCAAUAGAGAAAAGCGCAUUACCACUGUAGUGAUUGCUCAUAGACUGUCAACGAUCAAGAAAGCAGACAGGAUCAUCGUCAUCGACAAAGGUCAAAUCAAAGAAAUUGGAAAUCAUGAAUCACUACUUGAACAAUAUCCUGAAGGAGUUUAUGCUAAAUUGGUUAAUACUCAGCAACAUGUUGGCUUUAAUGCCCAAAUAAACGAAUAUCAAGAUACUGAAGAAGACUCGAUUGAAGAUAUUGACGUCCCUCUUACAAAAUCAAAGAGUGAACAAGAAGCUCAAACACAACUUGAGAAAGAAAUGACUAUCGAAGCUGACAGAGAGAAGCAGAUAGUUGACCUAGAAAUUGAAGAGUUAAGAGCUUUAAGGAAGAAGAAAGGAUUCUUCAAAAGACUCUGUGUUCAUAACAAACCGGUUAUUUUUGUAUUCAUUGGAGUCAUUGCUUGUAUUAUUUCAGGAUCUUUGUUCCCUACAUUUGCUGUCUUCUGGGCCAGAAUCCUCUUCAUUAUGAUGAACUUCGAUAAUAUGGGAUCCCAACUUCUGAAAUACUGAGGUUUUAUGUUAAGUUUAGGAUUGAUUGGAUUCAUUGUAAUCUCUACUGAAAAAUUCCUUUUCGGAAGCCUUGCAGAGACAAUGUCCAGAAAUAUCAGAGAGGAAGCAUAUACUGCGAUACUAAGGAAGCAUGUUGGAUGGUUUGAUUCACAAGAGAACACUCCUGGGCAGCUGAAUACUAUCCUGUCAACUGAAGUAAACACUCUAAAUGGAGCUUCCACUGAGUCUGUAGCUGUAAUGUUCCAAUCAUUUACAGGCCUGUUGGUCGGUGUUGCUCUAGCAUUCUUCUUCGAAUGGAGAAUCUCUCUGGUAGCCAUUGGAGUAGCUCCAAUCAUGAUGCUUUCAGCAGCUAUUAACACGAAAGUUAAAGCUUCCAACAUGGUUGUAACUCAAAAAGGAGAAGUUAAAGUAAACUCAACAGUUUCGGAUACUAUUGUAAAUUACACAACCGUUGCGUCAUUCGCUAAUGAAUCUAUACUUAUUGAUAAAUAUCAGAAGAUUCUUGCAUCAAAAUUGAAUAGAGAGAUAUGUAAGUCCUAUAUCUCAGGACUCCUUUUUGGAUUUGCCCAAUUCAUGCAAUUCGGAAUGUAUACUAUCAUGUUCUGGUCUGGGGCUAAGUUUGUAGAAAGAUAUGAAGUAAACCCUCAAGACUUAUUUACUGCUAUUUUCAUCAUGAUGUUUGCAGCCAUUGGAGCUGGCCAAGCUCAGCAGCAAGCUCCAGCAGCUGGUAAAGGUGUUGAAGCUGCUACUAAGAUCUAUAAUAUCAUUGAUGAGCCCAGUCUAAUCGACCCAUUCCAACUCAACACGGAUGAAAUCAUUGCCACAAAGCAAAACAUCAAAGGCUGCAUUGAGUUCAAAGAUGUCUGGUUCAGAUAUCCAACCAGAACUGACAACUGGAUCUUAAAGGGACUCAACAUGACGAUCUCUCCUAACGAGUGUGUGGGACUUGUGGGCCAAUCAGGAGGAGGCAAGUCCACCAUUAUCCAACUACUCUACAGGUUCUACGAUCCUCAGAAGGGUCAAAUUCUGAUUGAUGGACAUGACAUUAAGGAAUACAAUAUCAGAAGUUUGAGAGCACAGUUUGGGUUAGUGCAACAAGAGCCAGUGCUGUUUAAUUAUUCAGUUAGAGAGAACAUUAGCUACGCUAAAGAGCAUGCAACUAGCAAGGAGAUAAAGGAUGCUGCUAUUGUUGCUAAUGCUCAUGAUUUCAUUCAAGAAAUAGAUCAUGAUGAUGAAUUAACACAGGGAAGCAAAGAAGAAUCUAAAUUUCCAAAUAGUGCAAUGCAACCUCUUAGAGGUUGUGAUUAUACUGAUGAUACUUGAGAUGACCUCCCUUCAGGGUACAAUACUUUGUGUGGAGUCAAAGGUAGCAAAUUCUCAGGUGGCCAAAAACAACGUAUCGCUGUUGCCAGAGCUAUCAUCACUCAGCCUCAACUCUUGAUGCUCGACGAAGCUACUUCAGCCUUAGACGAAGAGUCCCAGAAAAAGGUGCAAGAUGCUUUGGACAAUGUAAUGAAAGAAACAACAUCUAUCGUCAUUGCUCACAGACUCACUACGAUUAGGAAGUGAGACAGACUGAUAGUACUCGACCAAGGAGUCCUAAGCGAGGAAGGAAGUUACGAUGAGCUCAUGAGAGCAGGAGGGCAGUUUGCUCAAAUAAGCUCAGACAUGCAAUCUUAAUAUUGCUAAUUCAAUCAAAAUAUACGCAGAUUCAAUAA